ACGAUGGCGCUGACUUCCUGUUUUGGGAGGAGGGGGACUGGUUGCUUGGUGUGUGAUUGUCUGGGACGGCCCCGCAGCCGCUGACCCUCUGCCUGCGGGGACGGGAGUCUCGAGGCGGCGGUCAUGGCAGUGUCAGAAAGCCAGCUGAAGAAAAUGGUGUCCAAGUAUAAAUACAGAGACUUAACUGUACGUGAAACUGUCAACGUUAUAACUCUAUACAAAGAUCUCAAACCUGUAUUGGAUUCAUAUGUUUUUAAUGAUGGCAGUUCUAGAGAACUAAUGAACCUCACUGGAACAAUUCCUGUGUCUUACAGAGGUAAUACAUAUAAUAUCCCAAUAUGCCUAUGGCUCCUGGACACAUACCCUUAUAAUCCCCCUAUCUGUUUUGUUAAGCCUACUAGUUCAAUGACUAUUAAAACAGGAAAACAUGUUGAUGCAAAUGGAAAAAUAUAUCUUCCUUAUCUACAUGAAUGGAAACAUCCGCAGUCAGAUUUGUUGGGACUUAUUCAGGUCAUGAUUGUGGUAUUUGGUGAGGAACCUCCAGUCUUCUCUCGUCCUACUAUUUCAGCAUCAUAUCCACCAUACCAAGCAACAGGGCCACCAAAUACCUCCUACAUCCCAGGCAUGCCAAGUGGAAUCUCUGCGUACCCAUCUGGAUACCCUCCCAAUCCCAGUGGUUACCCAGGCUGUCCUUACCCACCUGGUGGUCCAUACCCUGCUACAACAAGUUCCCAGUACCCUUCCCAGCCUCCUGUGACCACUGUUGGUCCCAGCAGGGAUGGCACAAUCAGCGAGGAUACUAUCCGAGCCUCUCUCAUCUCAGCAGUCAGUGACAAACUGAGAUGGCGGAUGAAGGAGGAGAUGGAUCGUGCCCAGGCAGAGCUCAAUGCCUUGAAACGAACAGAGGAAGACCUGAAAAAAGGUCACCAAAAACUGGAAGAGAUGGUCACCCGUUUAGAUCAAGAAGUAGCUGAAGUUGAUAAAAACAUAGAACUUUUGAAAAAGAAGGAUGAAGAACUAAGUUCUGCUCUGGAGAAAAUGGAAAAUCAAUCUGAAAACAAUGAUAUUGAUGAAGUUAUCAUUCCCACAGCCCCAUUAUAUAAACAGAUCCUAAAUCUGUAUGCAGAGGAAAAUGCUAUUGAAGACACUAUCUUUUACUUGGGAGAAGCCUUGAGGCGAGGAGUGAUAGACCUGGAUGUCUUCCUGAAGCAUGUACGUCUACUGUCGCGGAAACAGUUCCAGCUGAGGGCACUAAUGCAAAAAGCAAGAAAGACUGCCGGUCUUAGUGACCUCUACUGACUGCUGGUAUCAGCUGGAGAUUGACCUCUUCUUAAAACAUUCUUUUCUUCUCUUCCUUUCUCUUAUCAUUAGGUGCCCAGAAUAAGUUAUUGCAGUUUAUCAUUCAAUUGUAAAAUAUUUUGAAUCAAUAAUAUAUUUUCUGUUUCCUUUGGGUAAAGACUGGCUUUUAUUAAUGCACUUUCUAUCCUCUGUAAACUUUUUGUGCUGAAUGUUGGGACUGACUAUGCUAAAUAAAAUUUGUUGCAUAA